AUGUCGCGCGCGAAUCCUCCCAACGCUUCGGGCUCCCGAAAGAUCUCGUUCAACGUGAGCGAGCAGUACGACAUCCAAGAUGUUGUCGGUGAGGGUGCUUACGGAGUUGUCUGCUCCGCGAUACACAAGCCCUCCGGCCAAAAGGUGGCCAUCAAGAAGAUCACUCCCUUCGACCACUCCAUGUUCUGCCUGAGAACGCUGCGUGAGAUGAAGCUGUUGAGAUACUUCAACCAUGAGAACAUCAUCUCCAUCCUCGAUAUCCAGAAGCCCCGAAGUUAUGAGACCUUCAACGAGGUCUACCUCAUCCAAGAGCUUAUGGAGACGGACAUGCACCGUGUUAUCCGCACCCAAGACCUGUCCGACGACCAUUGCCAAUACUUCAUCUACCAGACUCUGCGUGCCCUCAAGGCCAUGCACUCUGCCAACGUUCUCCACCGUGACUUGAAGCCCUCCAACCUGCUUCUCAAUGCCAACUGCGAUCUGAAAGUCUGCGACUUCGGUCUUGCGCGUUCUGCAGCUUCCCAGGAGGACAACUCAGGUUUCAUGACGGAAUACGUCGCAACACGAUGGUACCGUGCUCCCGAGAUCAUGUUGACCUUCAAGGAGUACACGAAAGCCAUUGACGUGUGGUCGGUGGGUUGCAUCCUGGCUGAGAUGCUGAGCGGAAAGCCCCUGUUCCCCGGCAAGGACUACCACCACCAGUUGACCCUGAUUCUCGACGUCCUCGGAACGCCGACAAUGGAGGAUUACUACGGAAUCAAGUCUCGUCGCGCGAGAGAGUAUAUCCGAUCGCUGCCCUUCAAGAAGAAGGUGCCCUUCCGUACUCUCUUCCCCAAGACGUCUGACUUGGCUCUUGACCUGCUCGAGAAGCUUCUCGCUUUCAACCCUGUUAAGCGCAUUACGGUUGAGGAAGCUCUCAAGCACCCCUACCUCGAGCCUUACCACGACCCCGAUGAUGAGCCCACCGCGCCGCCCAUCCCGGAGGAGUUCUUCGACUUCGACAAGCACAAGGACAACCUGAGCAAGGAGCAGCUGAAGCAGUUGAUCUACCAGGAGAUCAUGCGGUGA